AUGCUUUUUAAACAAUGGAAUGAAUUAUCUAUACCAAGACAUGAAUUGGAUUAUCCCAUUCUAACAUCAAAAGAAGAAUCCUUACAAAGUUUACCAUUACCAACUGUUACAUUACCUACAGAACUAGAUUUGAAAGAUUAUGAUAUUGUCUAUAUAACAACCAAGGUUAUGAAUCCUUUGUUUCCAAAAAAAUUCCUUAACAUUAAAGAAAUUGGUUCAAUUAGGAUGGCAUUAUCCUUUGAAGAGAGCGGCUUGAGUGAAGGGAGUUAUUCCUGGAACUUUAAUGAGAACUUUCCAAAUGAAUUUGACCCAGCAACUAACGAAAAAAAUGAAGAAAACCAGAAAUCUUUUAGUUUUGAGUUCCCACUAUUUUAUAUCCCUAAUAAUAAUAGUCUGUUAAUAUCCAUAGAUGAAAAUUUUUUAAAACUGUCACCUAUUUUUGAUAAUAUUCUUGCUAAAAAACUAGCAAGUCUUCUCAGCGACUGUAAGAAAACGUUUGUGAUUGGUGCAUCAGAUAGAAUCAUGAAUUCCAAAGCAAUUACAGCUUCUGUUUGCGACCUAAACCCUCCAGAAUUUGUUAGUGGAUUUAUUGGUUCCCUAAUAUCGAAUGCAGCUGUUCGAUCAGUCUCAAAUUUUAGUAGUAUCAUUGUACCAAGUGAAGGCCCAACAGGUUUUGAAAAGAUAUCAUUAGAAACUAUGAAUGUAUUAGUGCAUGCUUUAAUGAAUCAAUGGAAUAGUGGAAUUGAUACUCAAAAGUAUUACGAAGAAUGCAACAAAUAUUGGAGAUUUGAUGGAUCUGCAAUGAGCACGCAAUCUGGGUUAUAUAUUUAG